CCGAGGUUCCGCAACCGUUUGGGUGUGAACGUCGCCAUCUUUUGCUCCACCAUUUUUGUCUUUAUAGGAAUGGAAAGAGGUACUUAGGUUGCGCAGUGUUGCAGGAGCAUCCAAUCACACCAGACAGAUUUCUAACGCAAACAUGUCCUACUACUUUCCAUCCGUAACGCUCACUGACAUUCCUCGCUUUCCACUAACGAAUGCCUACAAACGACCCAGCUGCACCACGCCGCCCCCCAAAACUUCUAUCUCUCGUAAUUCCGUUCGUCUGUGCCUAGAAAAGAACAAGACAGUAUUGUACUCUAGAGAACAAGUCAUUUCCCGGGUGACCAUCCGCGGCAAAAAUCCGGGCAAUGAUGGAAAUUUCUCUUACUAUAUACUCUCAUUCAGCGACUUUCCCGGGAAAGAGAGUGGGGUUGCAUCACUUGAGGAAGGUUUGGCGGUUGAGGAUAUGAGAGUUGUUGGAACCGAGGUUCGAGGACUUGUCACAUUACGGGUUGCUGAGUGGGUGGCGAAUGAUGAGCAAACACCCACGUUGAACGUGGAGGCCUCCCUCAAUCAAUGGUCCACUCACAUCAGCGUCACGGCAAGCAGAGUGGGAGCGGACCCGUCAAGAGAUGUUGGUGGAAGCAGCGAUUGA